AUGGUGAGGAGGAUUACGAAAGGUCUGAGCAAGCAUGGCGAGUCUCUUAUCACCAGUGUUGCAGGCUUUGAUGGUAUUCCAUAUCCUGCUAUAGCUAAGGACGCUUGGGUCUUGGUCUAUUGCGACUUGUUCUAUGUUGAUGGCAACAAUAUGACGUUGGAUGAAGUGUACAGGUCACGGCUUCAAGAAGACGCGCUGCAGACUCGAAGUGAGCAGGCUAGAGAGGUCGCCCGACGCAGCGAAAUGAAAGCGGCUCGCAGGAAUGCUAAGUGGUUGAUUCCUGCCCUUGAGCAACUCUCUGAUAAUGAAUUGUCUCAGUCAGAGUACGACUUCAGCGACACCUUACAUGAGAUCUGGAAGCAGGUAUCCCACAAGCCACCUAACUGGGUUCAGCAUAUACUCAAUGCCCAACAGCCGUGGGGGUUCACCUAUUACAAAACACAAGAAGUCGAAGAGAUGUAUGGCCAUACAUGGAAGGACACGUGGAUCAUGAUCAUUGAUAUGCCCCGGCUAUCGUGGCCGAGUAUUCAUUGCCAAGGGAGGGCAGAUGAGCUCAUGGCGUUGAAAACAGAAGAUUGGGCUACUCCGCCUACGUAUGAAGGCUUGAACGAAGAAGAUGCCUUUCGCAAGAAAUCUCUCUCGUCCCCUGGGAUCCUACAGAAUACAUUUAUCGUCAUUCCAAUGGAGCUCAUUCCUAAUGAUCCCGACGAUGAAGUCUUGGAUCCCUGUUGGGUCUGGGCAUAUGAUGCGGAUUGGGAUAGGGACGCAGAAGAAACUAUUUUCAACGGCGAGAAAUAUAGAGGCCGCGUUAAAGUACCUAUUGCUGCAAUCGGAGCUUGGUUUUAUGCCGCGAGUUGGGAGGGCGGGGGCGUAAGUCUUCGAGAUAUGUGGCUCAAGGCGCAGACACACCAGGACAAUUUGUGGAUUUGCGAUUCAAAGGAACUGGAGGAGUGGGAUCAUGAGCCAUAUGUCUAAUAUGACACCCAAUUAGACAUGAGAGCAUUGAAUGCAAGAGACUGUUGUUACCAGUUGAUCAUGCUUCAGGAAUGAGGCAAGAUGAGUGAGUGAUGGAAGUAUCAGCCGGCAACCAAUACUGUCAUUCUAACCUUAAGAUACUGAAGAGUGUGGAUAGAUAUUGUGUAAGGGCGGUCUCUUUUGUAUUAAAUGCUUUCAUAACUGCCAAGUCUAAUAGUAUGUGACAAGGUAAGAGUGACGACCCCGGGAGCCAAGCAGCACGAAAAAGGAAGCUUUAAUGUUCUUAGC